AGCAGUCAGCACAAAAUAAAUACUGCUCAUGUUUUCAUUGAUGAUAUUUAGUAAAAAAAUAAUACUUAAAAUAUAAAUUUUAAUUAAAAUAUUGAACUCUUUACAUGCCUGCAUGAACGAUAAAACAUAAUUAUAUUAAGUUGGCGCUUUCUGAUAACUUUUUAUGUUUUACUGAUUUCAGUAAUAGAUAUUGGGUUACAAUCAAAUCUUAAAGAUACAAAAGUUAAUCAUAUCAACUGCAAAAUGGAUGACCAAGCAUGCCCUCGCUGUAAAACAACAAAAUAUAGAAAUCCUUCAUUGAAAUUAAUGGUCAACGUUUGUGGACAUGCUUUGUGUGAAAGUUGUGUUGAAUUAUUGUUCCUUAAGGGAUCUGGCUCUUGCCCUGAUUGUAAUGUGCCUCUUCGCCGAAGUAAUUUUCGUGUACAGUUAUUUGAAGAUUCAAUGGUAGAAAAAGAGAUUGAUAUAAGGAAGCGCAUUUUAAAAGAUUUUAAUAAGAAAGAAGAAGACUUUGCAACCUUAAGAGACUAUAAUGAUUAUUUAGAGGAUAUAGAAUCAAUAAUUUUUAAUUUAGUGAAUAAUAUUGAUAUAAUUAACACCAAUAAAAAAAUUGACCAGUAUAAAAAGGAUAAUAAAGAGUUAAUUAUGAAAAAUAAAGCAAAAAUUGGUAGGGAAGAAUUAGAAUUAGAAGAAAUAUUAGAAAUAGAGAAACAAAUGGAAGAUUUAAGGAGAACAGAAGUAUUAAGAAUAGAUCAAGAAGCUAAAAAACAGAAAAUAAGAGAAAAAGAAGCAUUGAUUGAUGAAUUAAUGUUUGCUGAUGGGGAUGCUAAGGAUAUAUUAAACACAUUCUCACAAAGUUUAGCAAAUAAACAAGAAGAAAUAGUACCUGUUUCAGUACCUAAAGUUACACAUUUCUCUAGUGGAGUAAAAUUCACAAGAGGGUCUGGUCAACAACCAUUGCCUAUAAUAGAAGAAGGUCCACUAUACAAAUAUGAACCAUUGGCAAUACCAGACAGAUGUGGACCAGACACACCAUCAAUUAAGGAAAUUAUUAGUAAGGGUUAUUUGCAGCAUGUCAGAGCUGAGAACGAAACAGAGAAAGCCGGUGGCUAUAAAUCAACACUGCCCUGCUUACGUGCUCUCCAAGAUGCACUAGCGGGAUUGUACCACACAAGUUGACUACUAACUAAAUAUUGUUCAAGACUCUACUCCUGAAUCUAAUGAAAAACUUGUUUCUGUUAUACCAUGUUUUAAAUUAAGAGUAAGACCAUAUUUCGUUAAACCGUCUCCUCAAAACUUUGUAUACAAACUAUUACUGAACACAAUAGUUUGGCUGAAGUUUUGUUAAUUAAUAACCAAUUUUUCUGUUAUGAGGGUAGCAACAUAUUAUGUACAUGCUUACCCACCGUAUAAGAUAUUAAAAAUUAAACGUUAAUUUCUUUAAUAAAGACAUGAUUAUUAUAAUUACUUUUUUCUCAGUACUUCAAAGCAUCUACAAAGCAUUCUGUGAACUGUGAUGUUUGUUUAAUAAAUGUUGAGUGACACAU